GCUCUCCCCUUAACCCCCCCCCCCAAAUAAUCACCCUACCCAAUGCCCCUAAAGAGUUUUAGUUUCACUCUUCUUCUUCCCCAAUUUCCGAACAAAUUCCAAUUCAUGUUAACAAAUCCUCCCUUUUUUCACAAAUCCAUAACUCAGUUUCAACGGCACCGAUGAUCAGUGAAUUCGAUUCGCCGUCGUUGCCCCGGUCCAAACUCGAAUCCGGAACCGGAAUUGAUAUCGAAACCGGUGAUCCAGAAUCGAACGGUUCGGUUCACGGUGUUCGGUUCGAGGAAGUUGUGCCUAUUAGGGCUCGUGAUAGGAAUGGACUCGUUGUAUACAGGAGGAAUAAGCGGUUAAAGAGAGCCGCUAAUGUUGACGGCGGCGGCGGCGGAGGAGGAGUAGAACCGAGUGAUGCGUCCAAGUGUAAUUCAGGCGGUGGUAAAAUUGUAAAUAAGGAUGAAACGGAGGGUAUUUCCGGAAUUCCGGAGAUGGUGGAGAUUGAAGUCAAAGAGGAGUCAACGUUGACGGCAGCAAAUCGUGAUGUUAGUGUUACAGGUAGUAGUAGGAGGUUUACGAGGUCGGCUUUGAAGCUGAAUGUGGAGCCUCUUGAUGAGAAUUUGGAAGUGUUGGAGGAGGGGAAAUUGAUCACAUGUGGUGAAGUUCAUGAUAGUAAUAAUUGUGGAUCAAAGAAGAGGAUUUCGAUUAUAGGAAGGCCUACUACGGUUAAGGAGCUUUUCGAGACCGGUUUGCUCGAAGGCUAUCCUGUUUUCUAUAAUGGUGGCAAGAGGGGAAUUCGACUGAGGGGAACUAUCAAAGAUAAUGGAAUUCUGUGCUCUUGUGAUCUGUGCAAGGGAGCCAGGGUUGUUCCUCCUGGCAAAUUUGAGAUCCAUGCAUGUAAAGCAUAUAGACGUGCAUCACAGUAUAUCUGCCUGGAAAACGGAAAGAGCCUCCUUGAUGUGGUCAAAGAAUGUAGGAAAGGUUCUUUGAAGAAAUUGGAAGCAACAAUUCGGAGCUUCAUUGGUCCGAUUCCUGUGAAGGAAAUUAUCAUUUGUCGGAAUUGCAAUGGGUCUGUUUUUGCAACUUCAGCUGGAAAAUUUGACCAAAUUUGUGAUUCAUGCAUAAUCUCUUCAAGAUCUGAAGCCACUCCAACUCAGUCAAUAACAGUUGAAGCUGGGAUGUUUGAUCCUGUUCCGAACUCAAAUUCCUCCGAAACUUCAACUAUGUCAGAUACUUCACUAAAAAGAAGUAGAGGAAGAAAAAAGAGAAAGGCUGUGGAAAUAUAUUCAAGGAAAAGGUCCAUCAGAAUAUCUUCGGCACAUAUAAUCUCAGGAAGGAAGGAUCAGUUGAAGACACCAAACAAGUUAUCCACUCCAGCUUUUGCUCCACAGUCAAAUGGAGCUGCCACGAUGUGCAAUUCAUUCAGAGAUAAUAUGCAGGGCAAGAUCUCGAAAAAAUUGUCGAAAUCCAUUGCAGCUUCAAAUUCCUCGAAAGUUGGUCCUCUUGGUGUUUCAAUGCACUCUAGGACCCAAUGGAAAAUCACAAAAAAGGAUCAAAAGAUGCAUUGGUUGGUUUUUGAGGAAGGUGGACUGCCCGAUGGGACUGAAGUAGCUUAUUAUUCUCGUGGAAAGAAAUUGCUCGUUGGUUAUAAGCAGGGAUCUGGUAUAUUUUGUUCUUGCUGCAAUUGUGAGGUUAGUCCAUCACAAUUUGAAGCUCAUGCAGGUUGGGCGUCUCGCAAAAAACCCUAUGGAUACAUAUAUACUUCCAAUGGGGUGUCUCUACAUGAAUUUGCUUUAUCCCUAUUGAGAGGUCGUAAGUCUUCUGUCACAGACAGCGAUGACUUGUGCACCAUAUGCGCAGAUGGUGGAAAACUGGUGCUUUGUGAUGGAUGUCCAAGGGCCUUCCAUAAAGGGUGUGCAUCAUUGUCAGCUGUUCCCCGUGGUAAAUGGUACUGUAAAUAUUGUGAAAACAAGUUUCAGAGGGAGAAGUUUGUGGAGCACAAUGCAAACGCGGUUGCUGCUGGGAGGAUUUCUGGUAUUGAUCCCAUAGAGCAAAUAACUAAACGUUGCAUUCGUACUGUCAAGAACCCAGAAGAGGCAGAAGUUAUAGCAUGUGUUUUAUGCAGAUGUUAUGAUUUUAGCAAGUCUGGAUUUGGUCCACGCACGGUUAUCCUCUGUGACCAGUGUGAGAAGGAAUAUCAUGUUGGCUGCUUGAAGAAACGCAAGAUAGCAGAUUUAAAGGAGUUGCCUAAAGGAAAAUGGUUCUGUUGUGUGGAUUGCAAGAGGAUCUAUUCUGCACUGCAAAAGUUGCUGAACUCGGGAGAUGAGAAGCUGUCAGAAUCUUGCCUGGGUGCUGUAAGAAUGAAGCUAAAGGACAAAAGUUUGGAUUCAGUUGGUGAUCUUGAUGUGAGAUGGAGACUUCUAAGCGGCAAAAUUACUUCCCGUGAAACCAGAGUGCUACUAGCAGAAGCUGUUUCAAUCUUCCAUGAUUGCUUUGAUCCUAUUGUUGAUUCGGCAACUGGACGUGAUUUCAUUCCAUCUAUGGUCUAUGGAAGGAAUAUUAGGGGCCAAGACUUUGGGGGCAUGUACUGUGCUAUAUUGACUGUAAACUCAAUAGUAGUAUCAGCUGGGAUCCUCCGUAUUUUUGGUCCGGAUAUGGCAGAGCUUCCUCUAGUGGCAACACGUAUUGAUAGCCAAGGCAAGGGUUACUUUCAGUUGCUGCUCUCGUGCAUAGAAAAAUUGCUUGCAUUUUUAAAUGUAAGAAGAUUUGUACUACCUUCUGCUGUGGAAGCAAUGUCAAUAUGGACGACGAAAUUCGGAUUCAAAGAGAUACCACCAGACCAGCUUGUCAUCUACAAAAAGACCUGUUGGCAGAUGAUUACCUUCAAAGGAACAUCUAUGCUGGAAAAAAUGGUUCCUAAAUGUCGAAUUAUUCGGCAGGGGGGAACUGAAACUGAUGCACCAGAUGAGUAGGUCGCCAAAGAGGAUUUUCCAUUUAUAACCCAUUUUGUAGAGCAAUUUCUGAUCACAUGUAUAUUAGAAUUUUAUUUGGUCAAAAAAGAUGGAUUGAAUUUACAAAUUAUGAAUAUUAGAGGAUAAAAUAUUGUGUAAAGAACGUUCUUAUUUCUUAGAGUCAGAGCUGGGUUACAUGUUUUAAA